UCUGCCGGUCGUUUUAUAAUCACUUUAUUGACCACAUUCGCAUUUGUUUUUUUCUGUUUUAAACGACAAAAUGUCCAUUUUAAUGCAAGGAGUAUCAAGACUAGCCCGCCAAUGUGCCCGCCCAAUGGUCGCACUCCGCAAUUUUGCCUCGACGGCGCCUUACGGAGAUGGAAAUGAAGUACUGGUGGAGCGGUUGGAGGGGCCCCGCCACGGAAUCUCGGUUAUUGGCCUUAAUAGACCAGCGGCUAAAAAUUCCUUCAGCCGGGCAAUGGUGGAGACCUUUACCGAUGUCCUGGAUGAAAUCAAGAAGGAUAAUGAGUCGAGGGUGGUCGUACUGAGAAGUCUUACACCGGGAAUAUUUUGUGCCGGCGCUGAUUUAAAAGAACGCAAAGGUAUGAGCCAAGAGGAGGCCACCGAAUUCGUAAAGGAGCUCAGGAGUCUGCUUAUCGCAAUUGAGCAACUGCCCAUGCCAGUGAUUGCCGCAUUGGAUGGGGCUGCUCUGGGUGGAGGCCUGGAGAUGGCUCUGGCCUGUGACAUCCGCACAGCUGCCAGCAAUACCAAAAUGGGUCUAGUGGAAACAAGAUUGGCCAUCAUCCCAGGAGCAGGUGGCACCCAAAGACUGCCUCGCAUCCUGUCCCCCGCGCUAGCCAAAGAACUGAUCUUCACGGCGCGAGUUUUUGACGGGACAGAGGCCAAGGAGCUGGGUCUGGUCAACCAUGUGGUGCAGCAGAACGAAACUAAGGAUGCCGCCUACCAGCAGGCCCUCAAAUUGGCCGAGGAAAUCCUGCCCAAUGGACCAGUGGGCGUGCGUAUGGCCAAACUAGCCAUCGAUAAGGGCAUGCAGGUGGACUUGGCCACUGGCUAUUCCAUCGAAGAGAUUUGCUACUCGCAGGUGAUUCCCACCAAGGAUCGCCUAGAGGGACUCGCCGCGUUCGCCGAGAAACGCAAGCCUGUCUACAAGGGAGAGUAAAUUGGAAAAUAUACCACUCCUUCUAACGUUAAGCUGAAAAUUGCAUUUAUAAUUUUACCUGUUACUGUUGUAGAAACACUCGAGCUGCAAAGCCAAGUUCAAUUGUUUUUAUAAAAAGCAUUCGAUAAAAUCGGGCUGCCAAAUACCGAUAAUUACGGUAA